GGAGUCAACCUGGUCUUGCCCGGAGGGUUUCGUGGGGGCCGUCCGCCGAAUCCCGCCUCACAGUUGAGUCAAAGCUUGUGCGCGUGUGGUUGCCUCUCCGUCUCCAGCGCCUUGUGGAUUUCUUUUUUUCCCGACAGUUUUCGACGCUUUGCAAGAUGAGUUGCACUGCGUGUUUCCGAGGAUUGCUCUCCUUCGUCAUCCUCGUCAACAUGCUCAUCGGCCUAGCGCUGGUGGGAACCUCUGUGUGGCUCUACCUGGACGGGGCCGAAUUAUGGACCUACCUCUACGGUUUCAACGUGGGCCCCGUCCUGGCGGAGAUCGAGUGCUUCCACUACGUCCUCUACUCGAUCCUCAUCCUGGGGGCGCUGAAGGUCUCCCUCAGCUUCGUCGGUUGCUGCGAAGUCUCCAGGAAGUUCUUCGUCCCGGUGCUGCUCCUGUUCGGUAUCCAGAUCGCCGCCGGUGUCUGUGUGUGGUAUUUCAAGGAUGACUUCACGGCCGAGUCCACCAAGUCCCUGACACAUUACGUCCAUAGCGGCUACGCAGCCACGGCGAACGCGACGGCUUCUGACGCCGCCUUCGACAGCCUCCAGGCGCAGUACCGUUGCUGUGGCUCAGAGGCGCCUUCGGACUGGUCCACCGCCACUUUCAACAACAUCACCGGCGACUCCUACCAAGUACCCAGGUCCUGCUGUAUCACCGACCUGGCCUGCGACAGUUCCAGGACAAUCAAGGAUAACGUCGUUCCGGACGGGACCAUUUACCGAUCGGGUUGCGGAGACAAGCUCUACGGGCCAAUCUUCCGAUACAUCUACCGCUACGACACCCUGGGCAUCUUGGCAGGCUACGUGUUGAUCGAGUUCCUGGUCUUCACCCUGAAGCUCUUCGCCUGCAGGAAGCGUUACGCCGACUACGACUCCAACAUGAUGGAACUGAAGCUGUACCGGUAGACCGACUGCUUUUCGUCAUCAAAUGCCAAGAGUCUCGAGCGAUGCUCAUACUCUGGAUUCUGGAAAAAGUGCACCUUCCAGGCUAAAGAAGGUCCUUGUGGUGUUCAGGCACUCAAUAAAAAAAAAAAAAAGAAAAAAAAGGUGUUUGGAGAUGGGCCCUCCUUUGAGCUUAAAAGAACCGAGUGGCUGCCGCCAGUGCAUGAAAUAAAUCAAACAAUGGAGGACUGAACUGUAGCGGUUGUGAGAGACAGACUUUGGUAUAUACCAGUUUUGAGAUCUGUAAAUCUUUUUUUUUUUUUUCUUUUUUUUUUUUUUUAUUCACGUGUUGUAAAUAGCAUUAUAGACGAUUGCGCAACGCAAUCACCUGUUGCUUAAGGAUAUUUAUACCUCGGAAAUGCUUCUUUCCGGAGUUAGUACUACACUGUUUGAAUUCGAGUUAAAACUUACAACCCAUGGCGUCAUGGGCCAUCUGUCUGACUGUAUGCAUGAAACGACGCUGCGUCAUUCGGUAGAGUGUACUACCUGCAAAUUGUCCUCCAGACUUGUAAAUAGGUAAUUCCCUAAUUAGAUACGAAAGGGCGUGAAACUGGAAGACGCCACAGAAGGCGAAUAUGUUACAUUUAGGUUUGUAGUGCGAGUGUGAAUGGAGUGUACGUGUGAUGGAUUGUGUUGUUUCUCAGUUUUUUUGUUUUUUUUUCCUUUGUUAGCUGCAGUUAUUGCUAAUAAACGUACUGAAAGCA